AAUCGAUUCUCCCGCACCGUGACCCCGCGAUGCGUGCAGACAUGGGCGACGCUGCCGCCGGUCGCUGGCGUUCGACGCCCGCCACGCGCUCCCCUCUCGCCUCCCCUCUCCCCUCCACUCUCCCCUCCACUCUCCCCUCCACUCUCUCCUUCAGGUUAUCCCCUCUUCUGCUCCUCCUCGGCCUGAGCGCUGUCGCCGCCACCGCCGCCGCGGAGGACGUUCUGGGAUGCGGGGGGUUCGUGAAGUCCGACAUCGACAUCAACUUCUCCCUCAUUGAGAUCAAGCUGUACACGAAGCAGGGAAACCUCAAAUACCAGACGGACUGCGCCCCCAACAACGGGUACUUCAUGAUCCCCCUCUACGACAAGGGCGAUUUCACCCUGAAGAUUGAGCCUCCUCUUGGCUGGAGUUUCGAGCCGAGCAGUGUGGAGCUGCACGUGGAUGGGGCGACCGACCCGUGCUCCACCGGCGACGACAUCGACUUCCUCUUCACAGGCUUCAGCGUUGCGGGCCGCGUGCUGAGCCGGAACAUGGAGUCGGGGCCAGCCGGCGUUCUGGUUGAGCUGACGGCGGGCGGGGACGCCCUGCAGAGCGUGCGCACGCAGCCCGGCGGCCGGUACAGCUUUGGGAGAGUCCACCCGGGCGAGUACGAGAUCAAGGCCUCCCACGCGACCUGGACGCUCCACCCCGCCUCCGUGGCGGUGACGGUGGGGGUGGCUAACGGCAAUGCGGGGGAGGGGCUGGUCGUGGCCGGCUACCAAGUGACGGGGAGCGUGCGAAGCGAGGACGAGCCCGUGCAGGGCGUGCAGCUGCUGCUCUUCUCCAGCGUCGCCCAGCAGGAUGUGGCUGGGUGCAGCUUUGGACCUGUCAAGGGCUUCUCGGCCGCUUCGACUCUGCCAGCGUUCGUGUGCAGCACCACCUCCACCCACGCCGGCACCUUCAUGUUUCCGUCGCUCCCGUGCGGCUCCUACUCGCUGGUGCCGUUCUACCAAGGCGAGCGCAUCACGUUCGACGUCGCGCCCGCGCGCCUCGAUUUCACGGUGGAGCACGACAGCCUGAGCCUCGAGACUGUGUUCCGCGUGAUGGGGUUUUCGGUGACGGGCCGAGUGCUGGAAGCGGUCGGGGGAAACGGCAUUCCAGGCGCCGUUGUGUCCCUCAACAACAUACAAGUGGUCACUCGGGAGGACGGCUCGUUCCGGCUGGAGAACAUGACGACGGGAUCCUACACCAUCGCCACCAGCAAGGAGCACUACAGCUUCCCGCCCGUGUCGAGCAAGAUUGCGCCCAGCACACCCACGCUGCCCGACAUCGUCGCCUCUAGUUUCAGUGUGUGCGGCACCGUGAGCGUGGAUCGGCUGCCCGAGGGGGGGCGCGGGGGAGGGAGGCGAAGGGUGACGCUGACGCCCGUUGGAGGGGCCGCCGCCACCGAAGUCUCCGAAACAGACGCCCUCGGGGCCUUCUGCUUCCUGGCCGCCUCGGGCACGUACGGCCUCCAGGUGGAUGUGAGCGAAGCUGAGAGCAAGGCGGGGCUGGCGCUGCAGCCCGCGCUGCAGACCGUCACGGUGACACGGGCUCCCGUGCUGGGCCUCUCGUUCACUCAGCUCUUGCUGUCGCUGUCAGGCACCGUCUCCUGCCUGGCUGGCUGCGGGGAGCUGGCGCUGACGCUGCAGCAUGCGGCACCGCAGGGCGAGAAGCACUCACUGUCCCUCUCCGACUCCGGCCCUGUUGCCGACUUCUCCUUCGACCGCCUCUUGCUCGGCCGCUACAAGGUGUCGGUGGGCCAGGAGGAGUGGUGCUGGAAGAAUCGCUCGCUGGAGGUGGAGCUGUUGGAGAGCGGUGGUGGUGGCCACGUGGAGUUCCGCCAGACGGGCUUCAUGCUGCGCUGCAGCCUCUCCCACUCCAUCGCCCUGGAGUUUUACCAGGACGAGAAGGGCCCGGAGAACGUCGGCGUCUACAACCUGACCAAGGGCAUGAACCGCUUCUGCCUUUCCUUGCCGGGCAUGUACAAGCUGACGCCGCGUUCCUGCCACCGCUUUCAGCAGGACGUGUACACUUACGACACCGCCCACCCCAGCGUGCUCGCCAUGACAGCCACUCACCACCUGGUGCAGGGAGCCAUCGUCACCGACAAGAUGGCCGCCGACAUCACGCUCACCGUGCAGUCAUCGCUGGAGGAGACCCAGGUCCUGGGCCCUCUGAGACUGGAGGGGGAGGAGGAGGAGGCGGCGGCGGAGGCAGAAGAGGAGGGAGAGGCGGGGGAGCGCGAGCGGGAGUCUGUGGCGCCAUCGCCGCCAGCGCAAGCGCCCUUCACCUACCCCUACUCCUUCUGGGCUCGCGCGGGGGAGAAGGUGCGAGUGGAGGCUGCCUCACGUGAGCUGCUCUUCUACCCGGCAAGCACUGAGGCCGUCGUGCAAGGAGAGAGCUGCCCCGAGCGGCUGGCUGCCGUGUCUGGUGAGGCCGGGGUGUUUGUGGCGGGCCGCGUGGAACCGGCCUUGCCCGGCGUCGCCAUCGACGUACGGGAAUCCGGGGCCGCCGACAGCCUCGUCACGGUGCUCACCGACGAGCACGGCUCCUACCGAGUGGGCCCUCUGCAGGGCCACCGCGACUACGCCGUGUCGGCCGCCAAGGAGGGUUUCGUGCUGCGCCCCGUGGACGGUCGCCACGGCCAUUUCCAGGCCUUCGCCCUCGCCUCCAUCACGCUCACGAUCACGUCGGAGGAUGGGCAGCCCCUGCCCGGUGUGCUGCUGUCGCUGAGCGGAGGGCAGUUCCGUUCCAACCGCCUCACACAGGACAACGGCUCCUACAAGUUCACCAACCUGACUCCGGGCCAGUUCUUCUUCAAGCCCAUGAUGAAGGAGUUCCGCUUUGAGCCACCGUCCCAGGUGGUGGAUGUGCAGGAAGGACACGCGGUGCACAUCGAUGUCAGCGCCUUCCGCGUCGCGUACAGCUGCUUUGGCUGGGUGUGGUCGCUGAGUGGGGAGGCGGAGGCAGGGGUGGGGGUGGAGGCCGUGGGACAGGGCGCGUGCGGCACGAGCGUGGAGGAGAGCGCCACAGACGAGGAGGGCCGCUUCCGUCUCCGUGGCCUCACCCCAUCGUGCACGUACCACGUGCGCGUGAAGCGGGAAGGAAACGACCACGUCGAGAGGGCCAUUCCGCACUACCGCGCCGUGCAGGUGGACACGCGUGACAUCCACGACGUGAACAUCGUCGCAUUCCGCCACAUGAACCAGUUUGACCUGAGUGGCAACAUCAUCACUCCCAGCCAGGAACUCCUGGCCACGCUCAAGGUGGUGCUGUAUCGUGGAGAGAACCUGGACACGCCCUUCCAGACGCUCUCUCUGACCCAGUCGUCAUUCUUCCACUUCCCUCCUCUGCAGAGGGACGGAGAGAGCUACACGAUGGCGCUCGAGUCCUCGCUGCCCCGGGCGCUCUACGAGUUCUCGCUCCCCGAGGUCUCCUUCAGCACUGCGGGCUUCCACAAGCACGUGACGCUCUCCUUCUCCCCGCGGAGGAAAGCGAUGGAGCAGGAGGCGUCGCAAGGCUCGUACCUGGCCCUGCCGCUCACGCUGCUGCUUCUCAUCGCCAUCUACAACCACGACAAGGCGCUGCCCAUGCUCUGGCAGCUGGGAAGCCGUGUGCAGGCCGUGCAGGCCAUGGGGCCUCCGUUCGGAGCCGCCCCGCCUGUGGAGGACGCCAAGAAGCUGCUGAAGAAGCCCAAGAGCCGGAGGACGUGACCCAUCACCCAUGGCGCGUUCCACCGUCUCCCCUUCCGAGUGCAUCACACCAUGAAUCCAUCACCACUAGGAUGUAAAAGGAAAAAACUGCCUGCAUGGAGUAAACCAUAAAAUCUAACAAUGUGUUUAGAAGACAAAUUAAUAUAUAUAAAAUAAAAUAAAAACCACAAUUUUAAUAUUAACGUUACGUGAAUUGUGCGAUAUUGACGCUACUGCUGGCGGAAGGGCCUCCACUGGAGGGAACUUGGUAGUGGCAUUUGGUCUACUCUUUCACACUUUACCCCCCCCCCCCCCUAUAUACGUCACCUGCCGAGCAUGUUUACCGCUUGGUGUUCAGAGGGUGGAUUUAAGAAACUCGCCCUCAUUGUUUCAACUGCCGUGGCGGGAGAUGGAGUCGAACCGGCGACCUGUUUGGACUCAGUGGGAGGUCCGAGUCGCGAGCGGCACUGCUUCUAGCUUUGCAGGAACAACCACGUGAUGCCCAUGUGAAGAAAUGCACGUGGAGGGAGUCUCAGGGAUAUUUAAUUGAGGCCUGACGAGUGAGAGGCCUGGCGAGAGGCUGACGCGGGGCCCUCCGGCCGUAUUCUUAGUCCUGGCUCUGCUCUUGAGCCAGGUGUUUAAACUGUUGGCGGCUCCGAGUGUGGUCCCACAUCCACGCUCAGGAUUUCAAUGAGCCUGAGCAAAGCCACGGCUGAGCCACUUUUCACGUCUUUGGAAGCAGUGGAGCAGCUCGAGCCCAAGCUACGACUGAGAAUACGGCCUUGGUGUGCGAGUGAGGUGUGCCUGGUGACCAAACCCUGAUGCAAAGUAACCCUGGAAAUGGAUCCAUUCUAAAGUUUCACCUCACUGGUGUCCAGUGCAUUACCACGUGCAGAAAUGUGAAUUGCGUAUUUGUAAUCGUAGCAAGCUGAUCUGCAGCCCUCUCGCCUUUUAUUCGAGGUGCGGGAGACAUUGCCAGGUAUUUCCAUGUUUAGACCAACACGGUUCAAUCCACUUCACGUGCAGUCCCUUUGAGCUUGGGUUUUCAGUAACUGAUGUUUUGUAAAUUAAUUGUUCUUGCUUUCCAUAUCACAUUGUAAAGAUCGUAUGUACAGCUGUUUACACCUCCCAUGGUACAAUUAAAAUGCAUUUGCAGUGGUGUGCAUGCACAAACCAAAACACUUGCCACCUUUGUCUGGA